CGUCGACGUCAUACGCCGCGUUGGCUUGCAAAGUCGUGAAAAGUUUUUAGACCCCCUCCCCUGUAUGUUUUGUUGGGGGAAAAGUUGUCGGUAGUUCAUCGUGUGAAUGUAGCGUGUGCCGCCGUUUAACCCCCGAUUAAAAGGGGAACAUUAUAAGCGCGUAUCCGAGAAAAGAAGGUUCAUAGUGGGGGAAGCGUUUCGGCAUUAGAGGUUUUGAAAGUUUUGCGUGUCUGGCCCGGGGAGGAAAAACCUCAGUGGCCAUCGUUUCACCUCUUUCGUCUCGCUAGCCACCUAGCUAGCCGCUAACGAGCUAGUGAGCUACGGUACCUAGCCGGACUAUUUAGUGUUUAAACUAAAAAAGAAAAAGGCGACAAGAUGGCAGAAACCAAAAUAAUAUAUCAUAUCGACGAGGAGGAGACGCCGUACUUGGUGAAGAUACCCAUUCCUGCCGAGAAUAUAACUUUGCUGGAUUUUAAACAGGUCUUGAACAAGCCCAACUACAAAUUCUUCUUCAAGUCCAUGGACCAGGACUUUGGGGUGGUGAAGGAGGAGAUCUCCGAUGAGAGCGCCAAAUUGCCGUGUUUCAACGGACGAGUGGUGUCAUGGUUGGUAUCUUCAGACACCCCGGCGGCGGAGCCUCCGGUGGCGGUGGCACCCCCCGCCGAGACCCCGGCCCAGCCCUCGCCUCCGCCCCCACCCCUGCCUCCCCCGCCCGCCGAGAGGACCGGCGGCAUCGGAGACUCCCGGCCCCCGUCCUUCCACCCUAACGCCGCAGGCAGUGUGGAGACCCUGGACGACCAGACGGAGACAGAGUCUGUGGUGUCCUUCCGACGAGAGCGCCCCCGCCACAGAGACCCCCUGCUGGAGCCCCACGGGCCACGUAUGAACGGCCAGAGCCGCCUGGAGCGCCACCUGGCCGGCUACGAGAGCUCUACCACGGUGAUGAGCAGCGAGCUGGACACCACCAGCUUCUGUGACUCGGAGGACGACGACACCAUGAGCAGGUUCAGCAGCACAACAGAGCAGAGCACCGCCUCCAGGCUGCUAAAGCGCCACCGCAGACGGAGGAAACAGCGCCCCCCGCGGCUGGAGAGGGCCUCGUCCUUCAGCAGUGUGACUGAUUCCACCAUGUCUCUCAACAUCAUCACCGUCACGCUCAACAUGGAGAAGUACAACUUCCUGGGCAUCAGCAUCGUGGGCCAGAGCAACGAGCGGGGCGACGGCGGCAUCUACAUCGGCUCCAUCAUGAAGGGAGGGGCGGUGGCCGCCGACGGCCGCAUCGAGCCCGGAGACAUGCUGCUGCAGGUGAACGACAUCAACUUUGAGAACAUGAGCAACGACGACGCGGUGCGCGUGCUGCGGGAGAUCGUGCACAAGCCGGGGCCCAUCAUCCUGACGGUGGCCAAGUGCUGGGACCCCUCCCCUCAGGGGUACUUCACGCUGCCCCGCAACGAGCCGAUCCGGCCCAUAGACCCCGCGGCGUGGGUCAGCCACUCGGUGGCUCUGACCGGGGCCUACCCCCCCUACCCGGGCAGCUCCUCCCUCAGCACCAUCACCUCGUCCUCCUCCGUCACCGAGACCGAACGCUUCGACGACUUCAACCUCUCGCUGCACUCCGACAUGGCGUCGGUCGCCAAGGCAAUGGCGUCCCCGGAGUCCGGGCUGGAGGUCCGGGACCGUAUGUGGCUGAAGAUCACCAUCCCCAACGCCUUCCUCGGCUCGGACGUGGUUGAGUGGCUCUUCCACCACAUCGAGGGCUUCCAGGACCGCCGCGAGGCCCGCAAGUACGCCAGCAACCUGCUGAAGGCCGGCUUCAUCCGCCACACGGUCAACAAGAUCACCUUCUCGGAGCAGUGCUACUACAUCUUCGGGGACUUCAGCGACUGUGAAAACUACAUGGCCAACCUCUCCCUGAACGACAACGACGGCUCCAGCGGGGCCUCAGACCAGGACACGCUGGCCCCGCUGCCCCUCCCGGGGGCCUCGCCGUGGCCCAUGAUGCACACCUUCGCCUACCAGCCGUACGCCGCCCACCCCUACUCCAGCCAGCCCCCGCCCUACCACGAGCUCACCAGCUACAGCUACGCCCCGGGCAGCACGGGCAGCCAGCACAGCGAGGGGAGCCGGAGCAGCGGCUCGACGCGCAGCGAGGGCGAGCGGCGCCGCGGCGGCGGCAGCAAGGGCCCCGGCAGCACGCUGGGCGGCAGCGAGAAGUCCCCCGGCGCCGGGCCGGACGCCGCCGGCUCGGGUGGCGGCGGCGGGGGCGGGGACUCGCGCUCGGGCAGCGGCAGCGAGUCGGAGUACUCCACCCGCAGCAGCCUGCGGCGGGGCCACGGCUCGGCCACGCCCAGCGAGCACAGCCACGCCUCCACGCAGCGCUCGCACCACCACCACCACCGCCUGCCGCCGCCGCCCCACAUGUCGCCCUACCCGCCGGGCAUGCCGCUGCCCUACAACCCCAUGAUGGUGAUGAUGGUGCCGCAGCACGCGCACCCGGCCAUGGGCGCGCCCCACCCGCUCUCCCACGCCCAGCAGAUGCCCCCGGGCACCAUGCACCCGGGCAUGGCCCAGCUGCCCUCCAGCGUCCCCGGCGGGCCCCCCGGGGCCCCGCCCACCCGCGACCUGGGCUCGGUGCCCCCGGAGCUGACCGCCUCGCGCCAGUCCUUCCACCUGGCCAUGGGCAACCCCAGCGAGUUCUUUGUGGACGUGAUGUAGCCGGGUUCGGGCUGGAGGGGGGGCGAUGGCGGCGCCGUCUCGCCGCGUGA